CAACUAACUAAUUUCACUGCCUUGUCCUUCACCUUCGAUUCUUCCUAUCCUUCUCACCCGCGAAGUAUCGCCGCGUGAUGGAUUAAAGUUUUUUUUUGUGUCCUUCGUUUCUUCAUAAACCAUUUCUAUUCUCUUGGCUGGUGUGUGUGGCCAAUCCCUUAAAGCCGCCUCUUCUUCUCCUUCACGAUGCCGAAAAACCGCCCUGCCACGUCGGGCUACGCUCGCCUCGCUCAGGAGGAGGAGGAACGCGGCUACCUUCAUGACGACUCGGAAGAUGAUGACAUUGCUGUCGCAUCCUCGACAAUCUCGGCCUCCGCUCCUCGUUAUGCCCCCAUCUCCUCCCGAGCCCAGAUGCAGGCGUCCGGUCUCUCCACGCCCCCCGGCCAUCGACGGAGACACAGUCAAUAUCAACGGCGCGGCCGUCGCAACUCCGGGGUCGAUAUCAAGGCGAUCAACGCACGUCUGGAACGGUGGGCGGAUGAGAUUGCCUCCAAGUUCAAGAUCAACCGCGUCAAGGGCAAGACCUUCGAGGAAGAGAAGCUCGAGAUCUACCACUCGGUCUUCCAGGCUCCUCCCGGCGUUCGGGCUGUGACUGCGGAAGAACUGGAGUCGGAUGAGUUUGAGGGCCAACAACGAAGAGCCCGGGCGGAGUUUGAGGAAAUCAUCGAGAGUGUCCGGCUGGCAAUUGAGAUGGACGUCCACCCGCGGAUGAUUGCACAAGGUAGUUCGGGCAGUUAUUUUGCCCGGAAUCCUGAAGGCAAAGUUGUUGGUGUGUUCAAACCAAAGGACGAGGAACCGUAUGCCUCGCGAAACCCCAAAUGGACCAAGUGGGUUCACCGAAACUUGUUCCCUUGUUUCUUCGGUCGAGCCUGCCUCAUUCCCAAUCUUUCGUACGUCUCCGAAGCCGCCGCUUACGUUCUCGAUGCCCGACUUCGAACAAACAUGGUCCCUUAUACCGAUAUCGUAUACCUGUCCUCUAAAUCCUUCUUCUACGAUUUCUGGGAACGGCGCAAGGCAUGGAAGGGCAAAAAAACGUUGCCUCCAAAACCAGGUAGCUUCCAGGUUUUCCUGAAAGGAUACAAGGAUGCCAACAUCUUCCUCCGCGAACAUCCCUGGCCCGACCAAACCAACACGGGAUUCCGUGCCCAAGAUGCGCCGAAGCGCAAAAAGCGGCCAUGGAACGAGGCAUGCCGUCCGUCAGGCGCGCAGUCCGACGACGAAGACGAGGAUGAGAACGGUUAUAUGCCAUCGCCAAACCCGCGCGACGAGAGCCGUGAGCGGCGAUUCAACUGGACUGAAAAUCUGAAGCAGUCAUUCCGUGAGGAGUUGGAGAAGCUGGUCAUUCUUGACUACAUCAUGCGCAAUACGGACCGUGGUUUGGAUAACUGGAUGGUCAAGAUCGACUGGGGCACUGAACAGGUCUCGAUUGUGGCGGACCCCCCGAAGAGUACGGAGCCUACACCCAAACACGACGAGGAUGAACUCAUGCCUCCGCCUCGUCCGGUUUCCGUCAAUUCCAAUGGCUCGCAUCCCUACAAGCGCCAAGAGACGAUGAUGGCAGUCAGUCGAACCGGAACUCCCUUGGCCUCAUCAGAGCAGCAAGCUUCCGUUUCAGUGGGUGCCAUUGACAACAGUCUCUCAUGGCCGUGGAAACACCCGGAUGCUUGGCGAAGCUUCCCCUUCGGAUGGCUUUUCCUGCCGGUUUCCUUGAUUGGCCAGCCCUUCUCGCAAAAGACUCGUGACCAUUUCCUCCCGCUGUUGACAUCUACCGCGUGGUGGAGCGGAACACAGAUGGCACUGCGCCAGGUGUUUGCCCAAGACGACGACUUCAAAGAAAGCAUGUUCGCGCGCCAAAUUGCAGUGAUGAAGGGCCAGGCCUGGAACGUUGUCGAGACCUUGAAGCAACCGGAUCAUGGCCCACUCGAAUUGACCCGGAGGACUCGGGUUUGCGUAUGGGAUGACUUGGUUGAUGUGCCUGUUGCUAUUCCGAUGCGAGCCCCGUCUAUGGAUGCGCAGAGACGCCAAGCCAUGAAUUAUGAUUAUGAUGAAGAGGAAGAAAUGGACAUUGGCGCAGUCAUUUCUUCUAAUGCCCCGACCAAUCAUGACCUUCUGGGUUUGGACUCGGCCCCAAGUGAUCUCCCCAACCCGAACCGCUUUGAACUCAACCGCGGCCAGUCAGACAGAGAAUCGGCUGCCAGUCCUACGAAUGACGGCGACUUCGCUCGCCGGACCGGAGAUGGCGCCUACGCUAGAUCCUUGGACGGAUGGCCUUCGCUACCUGCUCGACCUAACAAACAUCGCAAGCAUGGCGGUUCUGUGUCUUUCCGUGUGCCCCAUGUCAACACCUUUGGCAGUGAUGAUCUCGAGGGUGACCUUGGAUAUGCGGCCGCCGAGGGCAUGGAAGGCAAUCAGCGCAAAGUCAUCGUGGAGCGCUUGGAAGCCGUCAAGAGCAAAAACCCAGUCUUCACUUGGUGCUAAAAGCCUCUCCCUUUCGCUUCACGCUGUCUUGUUUCCCCAUCUAUUUCCCCCGCCUUUUCUCCCUUUUCAAUGCUGUUGCAUUUUCACUCAACUAUUUAAUCCUGCAAAUUCUUCGUUUAGCGUUCUUUUCUCGGUGCUUUACCAAAGCAUCGCAGAUUCUCCGGCAACAGUUCGUUUUUCUUUUUCUUCUCUUGCCGGGGUCGCAUCGCAGGUGCACCUUGAUAGAGACACCUCGCCCUGCUAUGUGCUUUACAGAUUUUUUUUCUUUUCGCACGCCAUGCUCAUGAUUGGGGAUUUUGUGUUGUAUAUAGACCUUCUCUGGUUGUUCGGGUUGGGUUGUGGCGCAUUUGAAUGAGCGCCUCAUGUAGCAUAUAUGACGAGACUUAAUUCCAUGAUACCAUC